UUGCUGGUCACCGACCGCCUGUGCCUGUCUGCGCUCUCCUCUCCUCCUCUCAUCUCUCCUGUGCCUUUGCGUAAACGCGCUCGAUGAGUGAAUCAAGUCCCUCCCAGAUAGAAGCUGAGAGGAACACUGCCGUCAGAGAGCCUCUCCCGUUUGAUGCCAGAAUUUUCUUACAGCCGUUCGAAAAAAUAUCUUCUUUUGUUUUUCUUUUCUGAAAAGAAAAGAAAAGUCCCACAGACCGUGGGAAACUUUGGAUCACCGCCGCGGACUGUACGUUACGCACGAAGCCGAACCUUCAGCCGCACACCAUGAAGGUAACCUUUGGCGCUCUGGUCAUCACUGCCGGGGUCUGCGGCGUUCUCAGCUUCGCCUUUCUGGCGACUUCCCUCGGAACCGAUUAUUGGUACAUCAUAGAGAUGAACCCAAUGAACACGACCGAGUUUGAGGAUAUGAGCUCUCACUCGGGAUUGUGGCGCAUCAACGAAGGAGGGAAGAUGCAUCCUGACUCCAUUGAUUCAUUUGCAGCCGAUUCCUCCAAAUACACCGAGACCGAACUGCGCAUGCUGAGCAUGCACAGAGCCAUCGUGGUGAUGCUGCCGCUCAGCCUGGUUCUCCUGUUGUUUGGGGGAAUCUGCGGACUGGUCAGCGCCCUGGCUCAGAGCCCCGUCCUGCUCACCGGCACGGCCUGUUACUUCUUCAUCAGCAGCCUGCUGACUCUUUGUGGUGCGAGUCUCUACAUUGUCUACUCCUACCAAGCUCUGACAGAGACGAAGCGCCUGGUGGGGCCGGAGGGCCUGGCUUACAUCCACACCUCCUUCGGCUGGUCUCUGGGCCUGGCCUGGCUCUCCUACGGCCUGGAGCUGCUCACCGGAACUCUGAUGCUCAUAGCCGCACUAAAGGCCAGGCUGCGGCAGAGAGGGACCAGUAAGGCCUGACGCUGUCUGCCGCGCCGAUCCCUGAACGUC